AUGGGUUAUGGCACUGAUUGGUUCUUCCGAGCUGUCGCAUCGUCUGUGGAAGAGCUAAGCUUACUGAACAACAGCCUUGCGAAUGUACCACUUUUUGGAAACAUGUCCAAACUGACGUCGUUAAAUUUGUACGGAAAUCUGCUGGAAGAAUUUCCCGAAAAAAAACCUACAAAAUUUCAGCUGGAAGAUGUUCCCGAAAAAUCGUUUGAAGGUUUGUCGCAACUUCGACAUUUACGGCUAGAACGAAAUAAGAUCUGUUCCUUAUCACCAAAUGCUCUGUCUGAGGUAAAAUCACAUCUGGAACUGCUUGAUCUCAGUGGCAAUUGCUUGACGGCCAUUCCAGCCCAACAUCUUCGAAAUAGCGUAAAACUGAUGUACUUGGAUUUAUCGGACAACAAGAUUGCAGAGAUCAACAACUUCGAACUGAUGAAUCUUCCACAGCUGAAGGAGUUGCGUUUGCACAACAACAUUCUCAACGAGAUCCAUCCAAUGGCGUUCAUGAAUGUCCCGCAACUACGAUACCUCUAUAUGAGAGACAAUCUGAUUGGAAACCUUGAAGGAAAUAGACUUCAAGCUUUUCGCAAGCUUGAAAUCCUCGACGUUACUAAUAACCUCUUGAAAAAGUUGCCGGAGCUUAAGGAUCUCAUCAACCUUAAGCAAGUGCGAAUCGACGGUAAUUUAAUCGAAAAGAUCGAGACGCUGGCGUUUUCCAACAAUCCGAAACUUCAACUAAUUAGUAUCCAGAACAACAACAUUGUUCAAAUCGCAAGAAAUAGUUUCGACUCAUUGGAUCAGUUGCUCGUUCUUUUGCUCGCCAAUAAUUCCAUUCAAAGUAUUGAGCGAGGAAUGCUGGAUGGAAUGCGAAAUCUUCAGCAGCUCAAUCUUCGUAACAACUCUCUAACAUCGAUGGACGAAAACACAUUUUCAUCUCUCAGACAGCUCACCACUCUCGAUUUGGCUCAUAAUAAUCUCAGGACAAUAGCUAAGAGAACAUUCGCCCAUCAGACAAAACUCUUCUGGUUAGACCUGUCCAACAAUCAACUCAGUUCCUUUGAAGAAGGCACAUUCGAAACUAAGAUUGCCAACAUACUUCUUGAUGGAAAUCGUCUCAUUUGUGACGAUGCGUUCGACUGGUUCAUUCGAUAUCUUGUCACGAACCGAGUGCGAACUUUUCUACCGUUCCAGCCGGAAAUCAGUUGUGCUGGACCGGAGAAAUACGCCGGUGUCAGGUUAGCGUCUUGUUUUCGAGAAAUCACGCGACUUAAAGGUUGGACAAGAGUGAAAUUGACUUCUUGUGCGUGCAAAGAGCGAGAAGAUCAAAAUACGUUCACUUAUGCUGUUAAAGGAACACUUCAUGGUUUUUUUGGCUUAGUCAACCUACUAAAAGAUCUGAUGAUGAGGAAAGCGAAUGAUACUCUAACAGAAGGCAUGAAAACUCUAGGCCUCAGUGAACAUGGUCAACGAUCCUUCAUCUCUUCUCUUAUUCCUGGAUUUCGUUCUGCACCGGCGGCUGGUGGUGGAGUAUUAGAACAGGCCGCUAACGGGAUUCCUAUCCUGUCCACACUCUCACAGGCCAUUCCAUUGAUGAGAAACAUGCCCGGGUUAGAUGUUGCCAAUCCACGUGCUAGUGCUGGGCAGCUAGUGAAUCCGAAACUCAAUACUGCUAUUGAACAGUUCACUGCUCCACUUGUUCGUUUUGCCACUGGAGGUCAACCUGUUGCCAGCGACAUCGAGCAACUUAUUCAAUCGAUACCAAACUUUGUUGUGAAUGUCCCCGGACUGGGUGAUGUGGAUGUCAGCAAACUGGAUCCGAAUCUGGUGGCGCACGUGCUCAAGGGAGGACAAAUCCCUGGGAUCCCCAAGGAGACUCUGGAUGCGAUUGUUCAGCAGUACAUGCUAAAGGUGCACGAAGCAGCAGCGGCGGCUCGGAGUGGGAAGCCAUUAAAAGAUGGAAACAAAAUUAUCACCGCGCUAUCCCGAGGUGAAAUCCCCGAUCUACGUAAUCUACCAGCUGAUCUGACAGAGCAUUUCAAGUCAAACAGUGACAAGCUGGCAAUUAUUUUCAACCGAGUUCUAGCGGAAAAUACCUCUUUGGAAGAACUGCUUGCUAAAUUACCUAAGUUCGAAAAGCCGGUCCUGUCCACCUUCUCUCCGUACGAUAUCAAUAGACUGUCAAAUGAGAUGAUCCAUGAGGAAGAAGAAGCAGAAAAGGCUGCUAAAGUCAGGUUGUACACAGCAAUUGCACUCGGUCUAGUGGGAGCAGCGACAAUUGUCGUCCUGGCAGUCUUCGCAGUGUAUAUCAAACGACAAAGAGAAGGAAAACAAAGGUGGUUGUUAGAUUUCUAUCGUAUGCGCUGCUUGUAUACAUGCUCUUUGUUUUUGUGUUCAAUGCACCACUUGCCGAAUUUUUACCAUUGUUUUGCAUAA